UAAGGUAGCCUUCCCUUCGCCGCUCUUCUCUAUGGUCGCUUCCUUCCGCGACAGGAAAAGGGGUCCCGGCGCCUGCGCAAAACCGGGUUGGGCGCUUGUCGCGGAGGGGGUGGGGGGUGCGCAGGGAGCGGGAGCUGCCGCCGCCGCCGGAGCUAACCGCGGGGACCGAGAUGCAGCUGCUGCCGCUCAGCCCGUGUCUUCUGGCCGCUUCCCUCUUUGCUGCCCCUCCCCGCAGGCUCCCCCUCUCCACCUCCUGGGGACCAUCAUGAAUGGUGCCCCUUCCCCAGAGGAUGGGGCUUCCCCCUCCCCUCCCCCCUUGCCGCCACCACCUCCCCCUAGUUGGCGGGAGUUCUGCGAGUCCCAUGCCCGGGCUGCCGCCCUGGAUUUUGCCCGCCGUUUCCGUCUCUACCUGGCCUCCCACCCCCAAUACGCGGGGCCGGGGGCUGAGGCUGCCUUCUCCCGCCGUUUUGCUGAGCUCUUCCUGCAGCACUUCGAAGCGGAGGUGGCCCGGGCCUCUGGCUCCCUCUCACCACCCAUCCUGGCUCCCCUGAGUCCUGGUGUGGAGAUCUCACCACAUGACCUGUCCCUUGAGAGCUGCAGGGUGGGCGGGCCCCUGGCUGUGCUGGGCCCUUCUCGAUCAUCUGAGGACCUGGCCGGCCCCCUCCCUUCCUCAGUCUCUUCCUCUUCUACGACCUCCUCGAAGCCGAAGCUAAAGAAACGCUUCUCCCUCCGAUCAGUGGGUCGCUCCGUCCGAGGUUCAGUCCGUGGCAUCCUGCAGUGGCGGGGGACCGUUGACCCCCCCUCCCCAGCGGGGCCCCUGGAAACCUCAUCAGGCCCCCCAGUCUUAGGUGGAAACAGCAACUCCAACUCCUCUGGUGGGGCUGGGACCAUUGGUAGGGGACUGGCAAGUGAUGGAACAUCCCCUGGGGAAAGAUGGACUCACCGUUUUGAGAGGCUGAGACUCAGUCGGGGAGGGGGGGCCUUGAAGGACGCAGUGGGGACGGUGCAGAGGGAAGAGCUGCUGAGUUUCAUGGGGGCUGAAGAGGCAGCCCCUGAGCCAGCCGGAGUGGGCCGGGGAGGUGGGGCAGCUGGACCUACCUCAGGGGGAGGAGGGCAACCUCAGUGGCAGAAGUGUCGCUUACUGCUUCGAAGUGAAGGAGAAGGAGGAGGAGGAAGUCGUCUGGAGUUCUUUGUACCACCCAAGGCAUCUCGGCCCCGACUCAGCAUUCCCUGCUCCACGAUCACAGAUGUCCGGACGACCACAGCCCUGGAGAUGCCUGACCGGGAGAACACAUUUGUGGUUAAGGUGGAAGGCCCCUCGGAGUAUAUCCUAGAGACAGCUGAUGCUCAACAUGUGAAGGCCUGGGUGUCUGAUAUCCAGGAGUGCCUGAGCCCAGGACCCUGCCCUGCUACCAGUCCCCGCCCCAUGACUCUCCCUCUGGCCCCUGGGACCUCAUUCCUUACAAGGGAGAACAUGGACAGCCUGGAGCUGUCCUGCCUGAAUCACUCAGAAAGUCUGCCCAGCCAGGACCUGCUGCUGGGACCCAGCGAGAGCAACGAUCGCCUGUCGCAGGGGGCAUACGGGGGCCUCUCAGACCGCCCGUCAGCAUCCAUCUCCCCCAGUUCCGCCUCCGUUGCCGCCUCCCAUUUUGACUCAAUGGAACUGCUUCCCCCAGAGUUGCCCCCCCGCAUCCCCAUUGAAGAAGGACCCCCAGCAGGGACAGUUCAUCCCCUCUCAGCCCCCUACCCUCCCCUGGACACUCCGGAAACAGCCACAGGGUCAUUCCUGUUCCAGGGGGAGUCAGAGGGAGGUGAUGGGGACCAGCCCCUAUCCGGAUAUCCUUGGUUCCAUGGGAUGCUCUCUCGACUCAAGGCUGCCCAGUUAGUGCUGACAGGAGGCACUGGCUCCCAUGGUGUCUUCCUGGUGCGGCAGAGCGAGACGAGGCGGGGUGAAUAUGUCCUCACUUUCAACUUCCAGGGCAAGGCCAAGCACCUGCGUUUGUCCCUGAAUGAGGAGGGUCAGUGCCGGGUCCAGCACCUGUGGUUCCAGUCCAUUUUCGAUAUGCUCGAGCAUUUCCGGGUGCACCCCAUCCCUCUGGAGUCUGGAGGCUCCAGUGAUGUUGUCCUUGUCAGCUAUGUCCCGUCCUCCCAGCGACAGCAGGGUGAGCAGAGCAGGUCUGCAGGGGAGGAGGUGCCUGCGCACCCAAGAAGUGAGGCCGGGAGCAGGCUGGGAGCCAUGCAGGGGUGUGCGAGGGAGAUGGAUGCCACCCCGAUGCCUCCUCCACCCUCAUGCCCUUCGGAGCGAGUGACUGUGUAAUCGAACACCUCCCAUGACCCACCCCAGCCCCCUGAACUCCCUUCAUGGACAGAUGCCCCACAUCCUGGGGCAGAAGAGGCGUCGGGGGCACCAGAAGUGGCGGCAGCAACAGCCGCAGCAGCCAAAGAGAGGCAAAAGAAAGAGAAAGCGGGCGCUGGAGGGGUCCAGGAAGAGCUGGUCCCCGUGGCUGAGCUGGUCCCCAUGGCUGAAUUGGAAGAGGCCGUAGCACCUUGCACGGAGGCCCAGGGAGGCGCUGGAUCUGGUGGGAACUCGGGGGUGACCCUGAUGGUGCAGCUCCAGCAGUUACCACGAGGGGGCGAUGGAGAAGAAGGGGGCCACCCCAGAGCCAUUAAUAACCAGUACUCCUUUGUGUGAGACGCCCUACCCACCCUUCCUCCACUCUUUGUUCCCCAGCCCGCAGUUCCUGAGACUGGGCUGGGGAGGGACAUAGAGGUAGAAACCCCUCCCACAUGCUUCCCGACCCCAUUGGCCAAGGGCAUACAUGUUGGUACAAGCAGAGGUUCAAGAGCCCUGUUGACCCCCCAGUUCAUACACUACAGGUGCCCCUUCCCCUGGGCAGAGGAUUUGGGCUCCAUUACCUCCCUGAGGGGCUCUUGUGGUCAGCCCCACCCCUGGGGGCCAUUUUCCCAUUAACCACCCCUCAGCCCAAGGAAGGGUGAGGGGGGAAGGGCUGUCAGUUACAGUAAGAUUGUUGUUGUUGUUGUUUUAAACAAAAUGGAGAAGCAUAAAUAAAUAAAAGGGUUUAUCUCAGUUC